ACAUGGCAGAGCAACGUCACAUCCUCCAGUUCAGCGGCGGUCCUUUGCCUCUGCUUAGUGUCCAACUUACUUUUGUUUCAUGAAUUUGAGAGACGCUGAUUUCAAUCUGAAUCUGUUAAGGACGUGAGAGAUCAUUGGGAAAUUAAUUAUUUUGUACCAACAAGGGGAGCCGAGGAGAAGUUGGCAUGUGUUUGGGAUAUCAGCGAGUCUGUCUUCACUUUCAAACGGACGAUAAGCUCCUUUCGAUGUUUACAAAGCUAGCAGGCUAACCGGGGCAAUGUUGUGAGAUCUUUGCUGGUGGCCAGCCAGAGUCGUUUGAUCCUAACAUGUCAAGUCAACAAACUCCAAACAAGACAUGUGUGCCUUAGCAAUUCUCUUGGCACUUGCCUUUGAAAUGCGUGAUGUUAAACCUUGGAGGCUCCAACGUUAGCUUGUGUCCGAAAGGAGCAAAGAGUUGGGUUUGCAAGAACUGCGUGCACGACCGAGCAUUGGGUUCGGUGGUUUUCGCGUAAGUUUAGGGGUUUUGCUGCGUUGGGGGUUUUGGAGUCCUAUAGGCUUUCUGGUCGAAAUGGAGACUGGCUGAAAAUUGAAAGUAGCGCUCCCUCCAUACGUCGAUGUCGCUCGUCCCGCCGGCCGGCUGGGGGUAAACGGAAUGAAUAGUAGAAAUCGCCCACAUGCUUUGGAUCAGCUGCCGGACUUGCGAAAGGCAUCCGAAGCAGAAGGUGGCAAAGUUGCAAGGCGAUGGCGGCGGAACUCUCCCACAAGCGUUGGUAAAGCGACGGGACUCUUUGGCUUGCUCUAUCCCCGAACAUCUUGGCUCACGUCGUAGAACACAUGCAGGCCAAAAAACGUUACUUCAUUUUGGUCUCUGCCGGCGCGUGUCUUCUUCUGCUCUUUUGUUUCGGGGCUAUCCAAGUGCCACUUUCCAGACGAAGUCUGAGCCGGCGUGAUGCGGGUACUUUAUUGCCCGCAGCACGGUGGCGUCGCUCGGCCGGGCUCGUUGAACCUUACAGCGCCGGGGAACAAGACUCCAAGGACGAUGUGAAUGAGCUGAGACUGAGAGACUCGCUCCCUGAGCUUUUCUCUGAGAAGCCAUGCAGAAUGGAGUCCUGCUUUGACUUCUCUCUUUGUGAGAGAAAUGGCUUCAAAGUUUACAUCCAUCCCCAGCAGAAGGGAGAGAAAAUGUCCGAGAGCUACCGGAACAUUUUGUCAUCGAUUGAAGGCUCCAGGUUUUUUACGCCAGACCCAAGCCAGGCGUGUGUGUUUGUCCUCGGUUUGGACACGCUGGACAGGGACCAGCUGUCGGCGCAAUACGUGCCCAACCUGAAAACAAAAGUCCAGAGUCUUCCUCAAUGGAACCAGGGUCAAAACCACAUCAUCUUCAACUUGUACUCUGGCACCUGGCCCGACUACACGGAAGACCUGGGCUUCGACAUUGGCCUGGCCAUGUUGGCAAAGGCCAGCAUCAGCACCGGGAACUUUCGGCCCAAAUUUGAUAUCUCCAUCCCCCUUUUCUCAAAAGAACACCCCAGGACAGGAGGGGAACGGGGAUACCUCCGAUACAACGCCGUCCCCCCAUUCAGGAAGUACUUGCUGGUGUUCAAGGGAAAGCGAUAUUUAACCGGCAUAGGCUCUGACACCAGGAACGCCUUGUAUCAUGUGCAUAACGCCGAGGACGUGGUCCUUCUCACCACUUGCAAGCACGGGAAGGACUGGCACAAGCAUAAAGAUGCACGCUGUGACAAAGACAAUGCCGAGUAUGACAAGUACGACUACAGAGAGAUGCUCUCCAACUCCACUUUCUGUCUUGUUCCACGAGGACGUCGGCUGGGUUCUUUCCGCUUCUUAGAGGCGUUGCAGGCAGCCUGUGUCCCGGUGACGCUAAGUAACGGCUGGGAAUUGCCUUUCUCCGAGAUCAUUGACUGGAAGACGGCCGCUGUGAUUGGUGAUGAAAGGCUACUUCUUCAGGUUCCCUCAACGCUUCGCUCCAUUCACCAGGAGAAGAUUCUCUCCCUGAGGCAGUAUACCCAAUUCUUUUGGGAGGCCUACUUCAACUCUGUGGACAAAAUAGUUUGGACCACAUUGGAGAUCAUCCAAGACCGGGUGCUUCAGCACAAGUCCAGAAGUAAGCUCAUGUGGAACAGUCUGCCCGGUGGUCUUUCCGCCUUGCCCCAGUACUCCACCUACCUUGGAGACUUCCCUUUCUACUACGCUAAGCUUGGAAUGGUGACGUCCCCCAAGUUUACAGCUGUCAUUCACAUAGUGAGCCCACUGGUGUCGCAGUCCCAGCCAGUCAUGAAGCUGCUCACAGCUGUCGCCAAAUCGCAGUACUGUGCACAGGUGAUAGUCGUGUGGAACUGUGGCAAAUCUCUUCCCGCCAACCACCGCUGGCCCGUCACCUCACUUCCUGUCAUUGUCAUUGAGGGGGAAAACAAGGUUAUCAGCAGCCGCUUCCUUCCCUACGACAUCAUCCCCACGGACGCAGUGCUCGGUCUGGACGAGGAUGCUGUGCUUUCCACCGCAGAGUUGGAAUUCGCCUUCACAGUGUGGCGAAGUUUCCCCGAUCGUAUCGUCGGGUACCCGGCUCGCAGCCACUUCUGGGAUAGCGACAAGGAGCGUUGGGGCUACACCUCCAAAUGGACCAACGACUACUCCAUGGUGCUGACCGGAGCCGCCGUCUAUCACAAAUACUACCACUACCUGUACACGACAUACCUUCCGGCUAGUCUGAAGAGCACGGUGGACCAGAUGUCAAACUGUGAGGAUAUUCUGAUGAAUUUCCUGGUGUCCUCUGUCUCCAAGCUGCCCCCCAUCAAAGUGACGCAGAAGAAACAAUACAAGGAAACCAUGAUGGCUCAGAGCUCCCGGGCUUCCCGCUGGGCCGACCCGGACCAUUUUGCUCAGCGUCAGACUUGUAUGAACAAGUUUGCCCACUGGUUUGGCACCAUGCCGCUGGUUCAUUCUCAGAUGAGACUCGACCCGGUCCUCUUUAAAGACCAGGUGUCCAUACUGAGGAAGAAGUACAGGGACAUCGAGAGACUAUAACCCUCUCUGGACGUUGCUGAGAAAGGGGUGUCCGUCCGGUUCUUCUGUUGGAUCAGUGGAGAAGCACGUACGGAUGAGAGAGAGAGAGAGAGAGAGAGAGGGGGGGGGGGGGGGGACGCGGCAAGAUGCAGCGGAAGACUGCACACACCUCGUCCUCUCUCUCUCACUCUCUCUCUCUCUCAUGUUUGGGCAGUAGCAGAGUACGCAGCGCCAUCUCUCUUUGAAGGCACCGAAGACCUAAAAUGGACAAAUCAGAAAUGGAAUAGCCCGCGUCUUGGAAUUGGAUGCUUUUCUUUUGUUUGUGCUCCAAAUAGUAACAUACUACUGCAGCGUUCUGAAACUCCUCCCCUCAGUAUACAGUACUAUGCACACGUUCAUGAACGUUUAAAAAUGAAGAGGAUAACACUAUUUUGGAUGCGUUUUUAUAGUUCUAGUGUUUUUUUAUGAUGAUGAUGAUGAUUAUUGUUGUUGUUGUUGUUAAUGAUACAGCGCUCCACCCACUGUUUCACAUCCAGUGGCCGGCCUGAGGAGAGCAGUGACAAGCCCUUCACCAUAUUUCAUAUGCUCAGUGCCUCAACACUAGCCUUUUCAUUUGCAAGUCUAAAUAAAAAGAUGUGAUCCAAAA